UGUCAAUGUUAUGUUAUCGGAGCGAAGCACGAAUUUUAAGAUAGGCGGAAAGAUAUCAGAGUAUGAGAGAUCACGACUGGAUAAAAUACGCCGUAAUAAAGCUCUGUUGGACAGCUUAUUUCCUGAUUUGAAGGAGUCCAAAGAAAAGAUAAGAUCUUCUCUGUCAAUGAAGCGAAAACAGCGACGAAGAAGUGAUUCCGCUCCGUACACUGUUCCCAACAGAGUUUCCGGCCCUGUGGUCGUUAGAAGGAACCCUGGUCGUAAAGCAAGGAACUCCCUUACUCCAUCCCACUGCCCUCCGGGAGCAACUGUCUGCCAAAAGACUGAGUCCUGUUCUCUUGACGACGACUAUUACAAAUACGAGUCUAAGAUCCGCGUCUAUCGGAAUUACACCAGCGACCCGGUGGAAAUAGACCUGGACAGUGACGAGGAAACAGAGGAGGAAAGAGAAGAACGGAUAAAACUAAUGCAGAAACCAGCUCAUCAUGUUAUGGAGAAGAAAUACGAUAGAACACAUGGUACAACAUGUCACCAGUGUAGGCAGAAGACGCUGGACGGUAAGACGCGCUGCAACAACAAGAACUGUGUGGGGGUACGGGGUCAGUUCUGUGGGGUUUGUCUCCUCAAUAGGUACGGGGAGGACGCGGAAACUGCUAUAGCUGAUAAGACGUGGGUGUGUCCACCUUGUAAAGGAUACUGUAACUGUUCAGUGUGCUUGUCUAAGAAAGGCAAGGCCCCCACUGGUGUAUUGCAUCCUUUUGCGCGUGAACGGGGGUUCAACAGCGUCAAGGAUUAUCUUGCCAGUUUCAAAAAAGAGGAAAAAUCCGAGGAAGAGCCAAACAUCGACCUAAUAACCACUGAAACCCUCCCUUCCACUGGAGAAUCACGUGACCCACCACCCAGUGACCCUCCAAGUGAGAUGGACUAUGAUGACGAGAACAAAGAGAACAUAGAUCCUGAACUAAGACACGAGAAGGAAAACCUCCCAGUAAAAAUGAGGAACAGAGAAAUUAUUCCUCUAUCAGCAAGGAUUGUGUUGCAUGAUGCAAGAGCUAGUUACCGUGACGACCACGCUAAUGAUGCUAGUUACCGUGACGACCACGCUAAUGAUACUGACGGGGAUGUUGACAAGAUCAGGCGAUCAACCGAACGAAUGAACAUUUCCAACCCUGAAGACGAAAAAAUGGAGUCGCCUGUCACCUCUCCUAGUACCCGACCUAAAAGACCCUCCCGAAUAAUCUCAAGAUGCCUGAUAACUUGGCAAACCUCCAAGUAUGCAGGAGGGCACCAGUGGGUCGACCCAGAGAGAAUACCAAAAUUGGAGAGAGACAAAGCGCCCCCUCUGAGGGAAACGGUACAAGUUCGGUGGGGUAAGAACAAGAUUAACAAGCUUUACCCGGCUAUUCUCAACAAGGUGGAGUACAGUCUGAGGCGACGUAAAAGCUGCAAGUUUUAGUUCUCGAGCAGAUGACGAUAACGAAGAAGGUGCGUAGUGCGUACAACUGUAUUAUUAAGUUCUGCAGUUCCUAGUGUCGAGUUGUUGGAACAUCUAACACUUGAAAACUAUCUAACUAUAACCAAUUUAAUUGAAAAGAUGAAUAAUUUUAGCAUGGACAUUGUUCGGUGAGGCCCAGAACAAUAUGUUAUAACAGAACCUUAACUAGCCGUCUUGAAAAUUAAGAUCGUUGGUGUUACUAAAAUCUCAUUGGUAUGCGAGCAGAAACACGCAGACCCUGGCGCCAGGAAGAGUGACCACCUGUAAAAACCGCGAUGACAGACACAAUAUUUAACAUAACUGUACUGGUACGAUUGGAAGGGGUAUAAGUUAUAACCCAUAGUAAUGGUCAUAAAGUUUGGGCUCAUAAGUUUGCUUUGUCAAAUUUUGAUUAAAAUGUAUGUAUGAACUCAAGAGACCAUCAGCCACAAGUAGAGCAACCGAAAACUAUGCUUUUGGGUAAGUUAAAGGAACAUUUUGGUCAGAAAUGGGUAGGGAUAAUUCUCAAAGUAGGAUUUGACAAUAGCAUAUUUGAAGAGCCUUGCAGCAAAAUAUACGAAAUUUCGAGAGCUAUGUAAAAUAUUUUAAUCUGGACAGGUUGUUGCUCGUAACAAAAUUGUAACCGAUUUACAAAGAAAGUAAGAGGUAAAUAAAGCUGGUUACUCUUUCAUAAAUUAAUCUACAGACCGUACCAAUGUUUGUGAACACUCUAUACAAGGAUAAUGUAUUACGCCGAGUUUCCUGACAAUUCAAGAUGCAACCUUCUAGAAUUACCCUUAUAGAAGGUUUUACAAUUAGGCGGGCAGGAUGACUACGGACUGGGACUAGUUGAGCUGGAAAUAAGCAUAAUUAAAACAGGGCAUUCAAUAUUGUAAUUUUACAACAUUAGGUUCCAACAUUAUCUGUAGUGAAUAACUAGACAGGGUUAUUGUAAUUAAAAUGAAAUAAUGGCGUUUAGAUUUGAGAGCAGCUCGGAGUACAUUACAUUAAUGCUCUCUGAAUACCAUGAGGCUAGCUAUAGAAAAGAAUGUGUUUGAGCUAAAAUGGCUGCAAAUUAUUAAUUGUUAUUAUGGAAAUUCUGGUUUGUCGCAGAAGGCCAAAUUUAAGUAUGUAAAUUGUUUGUAUUCGCAUCAUAAAUUACCAGUUCAUGUUAACCAAAGCAUGGUAUUAGCAUUUAUUUUUAUAGUUAAAGUUAAUGUAACCAACCCUAUAUAAAUAUAGAUGGCGUAAUAUCUUUUUACGACGAAUCUCAACAGAUGUGGUCCCGUUUUUUAGUUUUUAAAAUAUCAUUUAUAGGAUUAGGACUUUUUAAUAAUGUACUAAAUCUAUUAACGUUAUUAAAUGAAUAUUUUUUAGUUUUUGAAAAAGUUUCUCAGAAUACUUUUUUACGGUAAUUUGAAUAUUUUGAUGUUUUUACCACAGUAUAUUUUAACCUUCUAAAUUAUUAAUCUCAAUUAUGUAUUUCAAAAUUAAAUCACCUAUUAAAUCAAAUG